AUGUUUGCUGGCUCACAAUGCUUUCCGACGUUGAUCCUAUACAUCGCCUGCUGCCCUCCUUCGGACGUCGUACCGCUGCAAGACUUGAUCUUAACCUGCCCAGAGGAAUACUUGGAAUCGCGCGGAGAGGAAUGCUGCGGUGCUCCCAAAGACCGCGCAGACUUCAUCCUCCGGGUCCUGACUGCUGUCGGCCCAUCGAAGCUAACAGCUGAACCAGAGGAGCGCUCCUAUGUCAUCGCGGCCCUGGAAAGGGUGCUCGUGGACUUUGAGCACAAGAGCUUGGAGGGCUGGCGAAGGCUAGCAGUCACCACGGCUACCUCUGCCUGCUUGCAGGCUGAUGCUCUCAAGGAUGAGAUGAAGCAAGCAGCUGAUGAGAAUCGCUUGGUGGCUGACGUUGCAGGAGAGCUGUUGCCGCGUGCCUUGGCGACAAGUCGAGUUCUUGCCAAGGCAGCACUGCGAUUGGAGGCUUUCUCGAGCUAUCUUCUUGCCCAAGCAGCUGUCGACUCCGGAAUUACGUUUCCUGAAGUUGAUCAGCAGGAGGUGAGACAUCAGUUUGAUGACCUCUUGAUGGACUACUACAAAAUGGUGGUGAGGGAGCAUGACGAACUCGCCUUUAACAUCAUUCCGUCCUUCCAGGCUUCUUCUGUGAAACGUGUUGUUCCUGUCAAUUCGAUUUCUCCUGUGUACCUGUUGGUGCUGAACCUGGGUCAAACUGCGAAGGUCGGCUUCACCACGCUCUGGAGCAUUCUCAGGUUGAGGUCUGUUCCGUUGCACAUCUUCGUUCUGGGCGAUGCAGCAGGUCUUGAGAACUGGCGUUCCACUCUGCGUGAUCUUGAGGCAUCUGGCAAGAUGCGAAGCCUCAACCUCAUUGAAUUGGAGUACGUGGACUUCACGACGAACGUGAACUUCCAGCUUUUCAUGAGUCAGUAUCCAUCCGACUGCGACGUGAACAAGAUCGGUGAGGCCUUGUUGGCUCGCUUCAUCUGCCAUGAGCUUCUGCCGUCUCACGUGGACCGCGUCAUAGCCAUGGAUCUGGGUGAUGUCCUCGUUUUGGACGACAUCGCAGACCUUUGGGCGCAGUUCGACACGUUUGAGAAGCACCAUGUCUUUGCAGCUGCGCAUAUUUCUGCCCUGAGCCAUGUCAACGGGGGUCUGGCCUUGUACGACUUGUCCAGGAUGCGCGCUCGUAACUGGACAUCGCUCGCACUGAGGGCAGCAAGAGAAGGACUCGGAAGGAGCGGUGACUGCAUCCAUGACCAAUCAUUGAUGAACACGCUCCACCUUCACAGUCCGGGUGAGCCAAGCCCCAUGCAAACACUGCCUUGUCGCUGGAUGCUGGUCCCGGCAACCGAGUGGGGGAUGUUUUGGAACAGCCCAGAGCUGGUUCUACCUGAGGUGCGCGAGCGUCGACGAUAUCCGGGGAUGGUCGGCGCCGGCCACUUCGAGGUCUACUGUCCAGAUCCCGUGGACCUUCUGAGCGGAUGGUCCUUUCUGCUGUCAACCGGGAACACACGGCAACGGCUUCGAACGAUGUCAUUGCUGAAGGGCAAUCAGCGGUUGACUCAAUGCACGAAGGAGGGGACUGCGGGCUUCGUUCAUCCACGAGAUGUGCACCCUUCCCGCUGCUGUCGAUGCGGCGAAAGAGCUUCGUUGGUGCACAUCCCGGGAGAUAUGAAGCAAUGGUCCUUUGUCGACACCCUCUUUCGUUACCACUCGCCUUUCAGCGACUGGGAAGAAAAGGAGCUGCAAGAGACACUCACACGCCAACUCUGGCAGAAGGAGUCUCGCUUCGCUGAGCAAAGUCGCCAUGUACAAGGGGCAGCGGGCCAGAUGGUAGAGCUGUACGGUGGCGAGGUUUGCUUCAGGAGGGACUUCGGCAUGUGCUGCAGUGCGCGAAACGAGCUGCGGGAGGGCCACAAGGUUCUGUAUAAGACCCUGAACAUGAAGCCGCUGCCUCCGCCUUUCCACCUCGAGGUGGAAACGACUGCCAAAUCCGAUGCUCAUCUCCUAAUGGGUCAAGGGCCUUUGAACUCCCUCGAGAUCGUGGCCGGGGCACACGGCGGCACCUGGUCCGCUGCUCGGUGGGUAUCUGAGGGAAGCUUUGUUGCGCUGACAGCCUUCGACGGCUCUCCGCAGCAGGACAACCGAGACAAAGGCGGUGCAGCGAAGUACAGCGUGCAGUUGGACGAGGACGGAAGACUGCUGGUUCGUCACGGAUUAUCUGAGUGGGGUUUCUACCUUCCAGAGAAGUAUUUGAACGAGCUGAGGCAGCAUCCUGUUGGCAUUUAUGCCGAGUGCCCAGUCGGUGCGUCUUGCACAUGGACCAGGCUUUUGCCUGCCUGCCUUGAUGCCAGCCGAGCCUUGACGAAAUCCUUGACAUGCUCAUGGCUCGAGGAACACCUGUUCCAGUUUGCAGGUCCUGAAAGCAUGGGGGCGAGCUUGGCUAUCUGUGUGGGCCUUGUGCGCUGCCUCCUCCUCUUUGUCCUUACAGCAGCGGCUGCUGUUUGUGGAUGUGCAGUGAUGGCAGACCUGAACACGCUGUGUUACGGAAACGAAGCACAUCGGCUUGCCAGCGAAUUCCUCGCUGUGGUUCCUCGACAAGUGACAAGCUUCGCCAUCAUCAUGCUGCCACCACUGUGCUGUUGGCUCUGUGUGAAGGGCUCGGGUGGAAGUCGAUGGACGACGGGCUGUGGUGGCGCGCUGGCAGCUGGAAUGCUCAUUGGCGUCUUGGCAGGCCCACUUCCAGGCCCUUAUGCCUUUUUCCAGGAUGUCGACGUGCGCGAUGAGAUGACGCACUCAUCUGUCCAGAGGGCCAUCUCUGGACGGACAGAUCUGUGA